AUGCGUGUGGCUGUCAUUGGCGGUGGGCCGUCCGGUCUAGUCCAACUCAAGACCCUCCUCAGCGCCCACGAACACCUAAAAUGCAAACCUUUUGAGCCACGUCUAUUCGAGGCGAGCUCCAAGGUCGGUGGAGUUUUUCACUCCCAUGUUUACGAGGAUGCGGAGUUAGUGUCUUCCAAAUACUUGACUUCAUUCUCCGAUUUUAGACCAAGGCAAGACGAUGCAGACUUUCUGUCAGCAGAGAGAUAUGUCGAGUACCUGGAAGAAUACGCAACUCACUUUGGACUUUGGGACUGGAUCAACUUGAACACCAAGGUUAUCAACAUCAGAAGACAAGACCAGGGACAUGUUGUUGUGUACCAAAAGCCCAAUGGGGAAGUCGACGAGUGGCCAUGCGAUGCCAUUGCCAUCUGCUCUGGUGUCCACUCAAAACCAAACGUUCCUACGAUCCCCGGCAUUGAGAACGUCCCUGCCGUAAUGCACUCGUCAGAUUUCAAGACCCGGGCUCAGCUUGGAAAAGACAAGACAGUCAUGAUUCUGGGAAGUGGCGAGACAGGUGCAGAUUUGUCUUACGUCUCCAUUACCGCAGAUACUAAGCAAGUUGUGCUCUGCCAUCGCAGCGGAUGGGUCGGGGCCCCCAAGCGUAACCCUCACCAGCAGUUCCUCCCUUGGUUGUUUGGUUAUGCACCACCCGAGCUGGACACCCUCCCUGUUGAUGUGGCCCAGAUCACCCUCUUUGACACCAUGUAUGUACACCCCAUUGUUCGAGACAGCAUGGUCGUCUGGAACUACUAUCACACGCUCGCCUUGCCUCUCGGAACUUGGCUUGGUGGUGGCUCCAAAUAUGGAAUCGACAUGCACGUCGGGCAGGUUUGGGGAGAACGCUUCCAUAUCUCGAGGUUGUUUCUUAACAAAGCUUGGACUCGCGUGUCACCAUAUAUCUACUACCCCUGGAUACCUGAGAAAUGGUCACUCGCAACACGAAUCCGUCGCUUCUUUAUCGCCCGAGACCUCCCUCGCCCUUCACGAACGAUUGAUGUGGCUCCUUUCCCCUCGCAUAUUUCUGAAGACGGCGUUGCGCACUUUCCAGUUCUUCCAAACAGACCAGAGUCGGAGCGUAUCCAGGAGACUACCGUCAAGCCUGAUAUAGUCAUCUACGCCACCGGCUACGUGCCGACAUUCCCAUUCCUCAACUCAGAUUCGGGCAGUGAUAAGCCCUACCCCAGCUCUACUGAUGCCGAUGUUCGCGCUGUCUGGAAAAGGGACGAUCCCACCGUUGGAUUCAUUGGCUUCAUCCGCCCCAACUUCGGUGCAAUUCCUCCUCUGGCCGAACUUCAGUCAAUGCUUUUCAUCCAGAAUCUUGUCAGCCAGCUUCCAGACCUACAUACAGAUGAUGAAUAUCACUAUCGGCUCAUCGUGCCCCCCUCGGCCCGCAUUGGAUACGGCAUUGAGCAUGACUCUUACGCGUACCAGUUAGCGAAAGACAUGUCCAUCGCUCCCAGCUUCACCGACAUCAUCCGACUAUCCUUUAGCUCUCCCCGAGGCUGGAGGCUUCCCUGGGUAUGGGCAGCUGGGGCCUCCCUCAAUCCCAAGUUUAGGCUCGUGGGGUCUUGGAAGUGGGAUGGCGCAGCAGACGUACUGACAGGAGAGUGCUGGGAGACCAUCUCGAGGAGGAAGAACCUAUUUGGUGACAUGUCGAUCGCUGUUCUACCGAUGAUUUACUUGGGUAGCUGGAGUUUGUGUUAUUGGGCUUAUGCGAAAUUCUGGAACGGAAUGGCCAAAAUCGGCUUGUCCAAGCCUUUGAAGAUUGAAAACGUGCCGAAGCGGCUAAUGGAGGAGUUGUCGAGGAGGGAGGAGAUGGAGAAGAAGGGAGGUAGUCAAAAUGGGGUUGACUGGGUGGAUGUGAAGCAUAUUGAGGGUUAA